AUGGCUCUCCGCUUUGCAGGAAAGCACUGUGCAGUAGUGGGAGGUACAGGCAUCAUAGGUUCCCAUAUUGCAAAGGCUUUUGCUGCCAAUGGUGCCGUCGUCAGUGUGCUUGGCCGCUCUGCUGUUGAUAUGCGUCCUGCUCUUGAGAGCAGGCUUCAGCCAUAUAAGCCGCCAAUAGAGGCAACUUCAUCUACCAAAGGCCCCAAUUCCCAUCAAUUUAUCCGUAUAGAUGUUUCUGACGCAGCAAACAUCAAAAGCGUCUUCUCAUCGCGCCCUAGCAACGAUGGUGGCCAGCCUCAUACCGUCGGUCCUGUUGAUGUUCUAGUCAACUGCGCCGGUAUUUCACAGACCACAUUGCUUAAACGAACCCCAGAUGAGGAGCUCUUUAACAUUGUCAACACCAACUUAACUGCAGCCAUGUUGGUGUGCAAGUAUGCCAAUAUGCAAGCGCAAGGAUGUAUUAUAAACGUGUCUAGCCUUAUGGCUGUGAAGGGCGCCCUCGGAACAACAGCAUACGCUGCUUCAAAAGCUGGACUUAUAGGCUUCACCCGCGCCCUUUGCCAUGAAAUGUCCGCCCGCUCUAUCCGUGUCAACGCCUUACUCCCGGGAUGGGUUGACAGCGAAAUGUGGAAAUGUCUAAAGCCGGAGCUAAAAGAAGCGUAUCUACGAGAGACACCACUCCGUCGUGUCGCAAGUCCAGAUGAGGUUGCUGAUGCAGCUGUCUUCCUUGCAUCAAAUGGCUUUGCCAACAAUUGUGUGCUCAACCUUGAUGGUGGUAUGAGCGCAUCGUGA